AUGACUUCUGUAUUUCGCAACGGGCGAAUCUUCGCGCCAUCGCUUUCCUCCGGCAAAGGUGGCAAUGAGUUCGCCGAUGGAAUGAUCGUCGAGAAUGACCAGAUCUCGUACGUCGGGUCACUUGACGAUACUAAAAUUCCCAAUGGCGCCACAGUUGUUGAUCUGGAGAAUCGCGUCGUGGUCCCGGGCUUCAUUGAUGCCCACGUUCAUAUUCUGCACUAUGGCCACUCACUGCGUAAAGUGAACCUUAUCGAAUGCACGUCUCUUGAGCAGAUCCAAGAAACUAUCAAAUCCUACGCGACAGAAAACCCAUCUGUACCUCGUAUUCUCUGCCGAGGGUGGAUUCAAUCUACUACCAAUGGUGUUGCCCUUGCCAGCAUGCUGGAUAGUAUUGAUUCUCGACCGAUCUUGAUUGACUCGUUCGAUCUUCAUUCUAUGUGGUGUAAUUCCGCUGCACUGGAUGAAAUGAAGGCCCAUACAGCCCCUGACCUCCCCGGCGGUACUAUUCAUCGAGAUGAGACCGGAAAGGCGUCUGGUCUUCUGGAUGAAUCUGCUCUCAUGAACCUGGCCUGGCCAUUUGUGGAGGGUCUCUACUCCGCCGAAGACAAUAUCAGUGCCCUGGACAUUGCAGUCUCUUCCUAUACGGCCGCAGGCUAUACUGGCAUUGUUGAUAUGGCCAUGGAUGAGGAGACAUGGAAGCUUCUAGAGGAAUAUCGCCAAAAGAAUAAUGUCCCUUUCCAUAUCGCAGCGCACUGGCUCGUCCCAUACACGGAUGACCAACAAACAAAUUUUAGCUUUGUCGACCGAGCCAUCGCACUCAACAAGCAGUACAAGGACCCUAACUUCACCGUGGUUGGCAUCAAACUCAUCUGCGAUGGUGUUGUUGAUGGGUGCACUGCCGCUCUUUUGCAACCAUACACCGGCAAAUCGGACCCAGUGGAGCCAAUCUGGCCAGCGGAUAAAUUGAAAGAAGUCGUUCAGCGCGCCGACGCAGCUGGACUCCAAUGUGCCAUCCACGCUAUCGGCGACAAGGCCAUCAACCAAUCUAUCAACGUCUUGGCAGAAGUCGGCACCCCAGGCCGACGGCAUAGAAUCGAACAUCUCGAAAUGAGCACCUCAGAGGACGCAAAGCGUCUUGGCGAGCUCGGUAUCACAGCCUCUAUCCAGCCCGUUCACUCGGAUCCCGCCCUUUUCAAAGCAUGGCCCACUCUGGUCGGGCCUGAUCGCUGCAAGCGUGCCUUUGCGUAUAAAGAGUUCUUGGAUGGCGGUGCCCCUAUCGCUAUUGGAACUGAUGCGCCUACUGCGCGUCAUUUCCCCUUCCCAAAUCUUUACAAUGCUACCACUAGACGAUCAGCUCUUGAGCCAGAGACCACCAACACUGUUAAUGCCCACUUUGGGCUCAGUUUGGCCGAGGCUGCUACUGCUGCUACCACUGGAGCAGCUUAUGCUCGGUUUGCUGAUUCAUGGACGGGUAGCUUGAAGCAAGGACUGAGUGCAGACUUUUUGGUUGUCGAUAUGGAAUGGUCACCUGAAACACUUCUCCAAGCAAAGGUCGCUCAGACGUGGUAUCGGGGCAAGAGAGUAUAUGAUGUCAACGGGACUCAAGGAAAUUAG